GUAUUUUCUAGGUCGUGCGAGAAACAGCGAGAGCUGUCAACAGGUAAUAAACGGUCUGGAGACUGACUCGAAGCUCAGUGUAAACUUAAUUGGGAGAGUGACAAGUUAGAAAAAAACUGCAUAUAGCUGACAUAUUGUGAUAUUAACGAUGGGAAAGGAUUAUUACAAAAUUCUAGGCAUCAACAAAGGUGCUUCAGAAGAUGAAAUCAAGAAAGGCUACCGGAAAAUGGCGCUCAAGUAUCAUCCGGAUAAAAACAAGUCGCCUGGAGCAGAAGAGAAGUUUAAAGAAAUAGCCGAGGCAUAUGACGUGCUGAGUGACAAAAACAAGAGGGAAAUUUACGACAAGUAUGGCGAAGAAGGGCUGAAAAACGGACCUCCCCCCGAAAGUGGUUUCCAAGGAUCCGCACCGGGUGGGGGUAAUUUCCACUACGAAUUCCAGGGAAAUCCACGCGACACAUUCCGAAUGUUCUUUGGAGGAGACGACCCGUUUGCUAGCUUUUUCAGCGGUGGUGGGGGAGGCGGCGGUGGAUUCGGCGGCCCUGGACCAUCGAGAAUGUUCCAUUUCGGCGGGCAACCAGGUCAGGAAGAAAUGGAUGUUGAUGAUGAUGGGUAUGGUCAUUUCGGCGGUGGUCAUAUGGGUGGGGGCCGACCCCAGAGGAAGAGGCAGGACUCUGCAGUUGUACGUGAGUUGCCUGUAUCAUUAGAGGACAUUUAUAAAGGUGCAACGAAAAAACUCAAAAUUACUCGUAGAGUGUUGAACAAUGAUGGACGAUCGACGAGAACAGAAGACAAGAUCUUGACAAUUGAUAUAAAACCGGGCUGGAAGGCCGGAACCAAAAUUACAUUCCCCAAGGAAGGAGACCAAACACCCAACAAUAUACCUGCAGAUGUCGUCUUUGUUAUAAAAGACAAACCUCACAGUGUAUUCACAAGGGAAGGCAGUGACAUUCGAUACAAAGCCAAGAUAUCGCUCAAAGAUGCUCUAUGUGGCACCACGCUACAGAUCCCGACAAUAGAUGGCAGAAAGAUUCCCCUGCGACUACGGGAAGUGGUGAAACCCCACACAGCCAAGCGUAUACAGGGCGAGGGACUACCUAUACCAAAACAGCCAGGCAAGCGGGGGGAUCUCAUCAUAGACUUUGAUGUUGUGUUUCCCAACCAGAUCUCUUCUACUGCCAAAGAAAUCCUGUCGGACUGUUUGCCAGCGUCUUAAGUGUAGUGUGCGAUAAUAAUAAGUGUUAGUAUGCAUGUGUAUGCCUGAAGGAAGAAACCUGUGAAGAUAGUGUGAGUGCAGACAGACUGAACUCUUGCCUCAGCUGAACGUAUGACAUUUCUGUGACUGUUAUUAUUGCUGCAAGGAAUGUGUAUGAUAGAUAUUAUGUAUUGUGCUAGAGUCGCUGUAUUUUAUGAAGUGCUGAUAAAUGAUGAUAAUUAAAA